AGCUCUCCAUCUUCCCCGAAACAGGUCACCAAAGAUGGUGGUGACGGACUUCUUCGCCGGCGAAAUCGCCACCGAGCUCCUCAAGAUGCUCGUAAGCAUCUCAAGGAAAUCAAUGUUCUGCAAGUCCAGUGCCGAACAACUCAUCACUUCUAUAGAAGAACUCCAACCUAUCAUCCACGAAAUCAAAUACACCGGCGUGGAACUUCCGGCGUUUCGCCAGCGUCAAAUCGAUACUCUCUCCGAAACGCUCCGUAAUGGACUUGAGGUCGCCGGAAAAGUCCUCAAUUCCGGCCGCUGGAACGUGUACAAGAACUUACAGCUAGCGAGAAAGAUGGAGAAGCUCGAAAAGAAUAUUUCAAGGUUCUUGCAAACUACUGUGCAAGCUCAUGUGUUGGCUGAUGUGCAUCAUCUAAGGUUCGAUUCGGCGGAGAGGUUUGAUCAGCUUGAGGGUUCGGCUCGGAGGUUGGAGCAGCGGCUUGGAGCGAUGAAGAUGGGGGUUCAUGAGGGAGGGUGGUUGGAGGAGGCGAUGAAGAGGGUGGAGGAAGAAGAGAGGUGGUACGAGGGUGGUUUGGUAAAUUUGGGUGUGGGGGCAGGGAUGGAGAUGGCGAAGAGGAAGGUGAAGGAGAUGGUGAUUGGGAGGGACGAUUUGGGUGUUGUUGGGAUUUGUGGGAUUAGUGGAAGUGGAAAGACUACUUUGGCCAGGGAGAUUUGUAGAGACAAUCAAAUUCGCAGUUACUUCAGCAACAGAAUUUUUUUCUUUACUGUAUCUCAAUCUCCAAAUGUAGAGCAGUUAAGGCUAAAGAUAUGGAGAAUGAUAUCAGGGAAUUGUAUUGAUGAUUGCAGUGGUUUGAUUCCCCAAUGGCCACUAAAAUAUGAUUUGAAGACCGUUAUGCGAACACUUGUUGUUCUUGAUGAUGUUUGGUCUCUCUCAGUGGUGGAACAGCUUAUUUCCAGAGUUCCCGGAUGCAAAACGCUCGUGGUUUCACGAUUCAAGUUCCCCUUAUCAGUCAUAAAAUGCACCUAUGAGUUGGAGUUAUUGAGGGAAGAUGAGGCCAUGACCCUGUUCUGCCACUUUGCUUUUGGACAAAAAUCCAUUCCUCUUGGUGCUAAUGAAAAAUUAGUCAAACAGGUUGCAGAUGAGUGCAAAGGGCUUCCAUUGGCUCUUAAAGUGAUUGGAGCUUCCCUCAGGGACCAGCCUGAAAUGUUUUGGACAAGCGCAAAGAAUAGACUCUCGCAAGGCCAACCUAUUUGUGAGUCCCACGAAAUCCAAUUGCUCGAACGGAUGAAGUUGAGUAUUGAUUACUUGCCAGAGAAGGUUAGGGAGUGUUUCUUGGACUUGGGUUCCUUUCCAGAGGAUAAAAAGAUACCUCUGGAUGUUCUUAUAAACAUGUGGGUAGAACUGCAUGACAUUAAAGAAGAAGAAGCUUUUGCAAUUUUGAAAGAGCUUACGGACAAAAAUCUCAUCACCCUGGUGAAAGAUGCACGUGUCGGAGAUAUGUAUAGCAGUUACUACGAGAUCUCGGUCUCUCAGCAUGAUGUGUUGAGAGACCUUGCAAUUCAUUUGAGCAAUUGUGAGGACGUAAACCAGAGAAGGCGAUUGCUCAUGCCAAGGAGAGAGACUGAGCUCCCAAAAGCAUGGGAGAGGAAUAUGGAUAAGCCAUUCAAUGCCCAGAUUGUCUCGGUGCAUACAGGUGAAAUGAGAGAGAUGGACUGGUUCAGUAUGGAAUUCCCCAAGGCUGAAGUACUCAUCUUGAAUUUUUCCUCAAGCGAAUACUUCUUACCACCCUUUAUUAGUGACAUGCCCAAGCUUAGGGCACUAAUUCUAAUUAACUAUGGCAACUCCACCGCAGUCCUCCACAACUCAUCUGUUUUUGCUGAUUUGACCAACUUGAGAAGCCUCUGGUUUGAAAAGAUAGCAGUACCUCAAUUACCUGAAACUACUAUACCCCUCAAGAACUUGCGGAAAAUAUCUCUUGUUCUAUGCAAGAUUGAUAAUAGCCUCGAUCAGUCAGCAAUAGACCUGCCCUAUCUCUUCCCCCGACUCUCAGAGCUAACGAUGGAUCACUGCAUCCACUUGAGUGAGCUGCCUUCAAGCAUUUGCCGGAUGAACACACUCAAGAGCCUGAGUGUCACCAACUGUGACAGUCUCCAUGAACUGCCAGCCGAUUUGGGUAAAUUGAAAUUUCUACACAUCUUAAGAAUAUAUGCUUGCCCAAAUUUGGAAAAACUACCCCCUGGGAUUGGUGACCUUGUCUGGUUAAAAUACCUGGACAUUUCUCAAUGUGUACAUUUAAGAUGCCUUCCCGAUAGGAUUGGUGGAUGUACAAGUCUCGAGAAGAUUGACAUGAGGGAGUGUCCACAGAUUAGGAAUCUCCCAAAGUCUGUGGUGUCACUGCAAUUCUUGCGUCGUGUAAUUUGCGACGAAGGGGUCUUUUGGCAGUGGAAGGAUAUGGAGAAAGCUAUUCCAAAUCUUCAUGUUCAGGUUGCAGAGGAAAGCUUUAAUCUGGACUGGCUGGCUGAGUAAUGGUUGUAUAAAUAUUUCAUUUCACACAUUUCUUUGCAGGUAUUAGUUGUAAAUUAAUGUAAGGAGAAAGGGGAGAAGGUUCAUAUGUAGUUCAUCAAUUGAAUUUCUAGAUUCAAUUUGGGUAAGAGGAAACUAGUAUAACUCAUUAAUAGAUUCUUUUCUUUUUAGUUCAAUGGUGAGAGAGACUUGACUAAUCCCUUCCCGUUCGGUCAAGACAGGCCAUCCAUGCACGUCUACAUGACUCCG